AACACCGUUCAUAGCAGUUAUAAACAUUAAGGAAAACAUUAACCUUUUCUUCUAUUUUGUCAAUGAUUAUUCAAUUAUAUUAUAAUUAAAGUAAAAAAGGAGAAAAAAAAAGAAUCUUAUCAUCAAAAAUAUUCUUUCCAAAAUAAUUAUUUAUUAUAAAAAAUAGUAACCAUGGAAACAGCAUUUUCAAAAACAGUUGAUGAAGUUUUACAUCAUUUUGAAACAGAUCCAGAAACUGGUUUAAGUGAUGAACAAAUUAAAAAACAAACGGCAAAAUUUGGUCCAAAUGAACUUCCUGCUGAAGAAUCUAAAGCAAUUUGGCAACUUGUACUUGAACAAUUUGAUGAUUUACUUGUUAAAAUUUUAUUACUGGCCGCAAUUAUCUCAUUUGUACUUGCUUUAUUUGAAGAGAGUGAAGAAAGUAUAAGUGCAUUUGUAGAGCCCCUUGUUAUUCUACUUAUAUUGAUUGCUAAUGCUGUAAUUGGUGUUUGGCAAGAACGUAAUGCUGAAUCAGCUAUUGAAGCAUUAAAAGAGUAUGAACCGGAGAUCGCUAAAGUAUUUCGAAAAAGUCAUUAUGGUAUUCAACGAAUUAAAGCCAGAGAAUUGGUACCAGGUGAUAUUGUUGAAGUAUCAGUUGGUGAUAAAGUACCAGCUGAUAUGAGAAUAAUUAAAAUUAUGAGUACAACAUUAAGAGUAGAUCAAUCUAUCUUAACUGGUGAAUCUGUAUCCGUGAUUAAAUUCACUGAUGCUGUACCAGAUCCAAGAGCUGUUAAUCAAGAUAAAAAAAAUAUUUUAUUUAGUGGUACUAAUAUUGCAGCUGGUAAAGCAAGAGGUAUUGUUGUUUCUACUGGUCUUAUGACUGAAAUUGGUAAAAUUCGUAAUCAAAUGAUGGAUACAGAACCAGAUAAAACACCAUUACAACAAAAAUUAGAUGAAUUUGGACAACAAUUAUCAAAAGUUAUUUCAAUUAUUUGUGUUGCUGUAUGGGCAAUUAAUAUCGGACAUUUUAAUGAUCCAGCACAUGGUGGUUCUUGGUUAAAAGGCGCCAUUUAUUAUUUUAAAAUUGCUGUCGCCCUAGCUGUUGCUGCUAUUCCUGAAGGUUUACCAGCUGUGAUUACAACGUGCUUAGCAUUGGGUACACGUAGAAUGGCUGCUAAAAAUGCUAUUGUUCGUUCACUUCCAUCAGUUGAAACAUUAGGUUGUACAAGUGUUAUUUGCUCCGAUAAAACAGGUACACUCACUACAAAUCAAAUGAGUGUAUGCAGAAUGUUCAUAUUUUCUAAAGCUGAUGAUAAAGCACCAGAAGUACAUCACUUUGAAAUAACUGGAUCUAAAUAUGCACCAGAAGGUGAAGUAUUUUUAAAUGGUCAAAAAGUUGAAUCUGGUGAAUAUGAUGGACUUGUUGAAGUUGCAAAUAUCUGUGCUAUGUGUAAUGAUUCAGCUAUUGAUUAUAAUGAAACUAAACAUGUUUAUGAAAAAGUUGGUGAAGCAACAGAAACUGCAUUAUGUUGUUUAGUUGAAAAAAUGAAUGUUUAUAAGACUUCAAAAUCUGGAUUAUCUAAAAAAGAUUUAAGUAUGGCUUGUAAUCAUCAAAUUCAGGCUAUGUGGAACAAAGAGUUCACUCUAGAAUUUUCACGUGAUCGUAAAUCAAUGUCUGUUUAUUUACAAGUUAAACCAGCGUUUGCAUCCAAAGUUCCAAGUACUGCUGGUUCCGGAGAGACAGGACCUAGAAUGUUUGUUAAAGGUGCUCCUGAAGGUGUAUUGGAUCGAUGUACAUUUGUACGUAUAGGCAAUAAAAAAGUACCUAUGACACCUCCAUUGAAAGCUGAAAUAGUAAAACAUGUAGCAUCUUAUGGAACUGGUCGUGAUACACUAAGAUGUUUAGCUUUAGCAACAUGUGAUGCACCAGUAAACAAAGCACAAAUGGAUUUAGAAGAUUCGACUAAAUUUGUUAAAUAUGAACAAAAUUUAACAUUUGUUGGAGUUGUCGGUAUGUUGGAUCCACCACGUAUGGAAGUAUUUGACAGUAUAGCAAGAUGUCGUAAAUCUGGUAUACGUGUUAUUAUGAUAACUGGUGAUAAUAAAGCAACAGCUGAAGCUAUUUGUCGACGUAUUGGUAUUUUCAGUGAAGAUGAACCAACUACAGGGAAAUCUUUUACUGGACGUGAAUUUGAUGCAUUACCAAUUGAAGAACAAAGAGAAGCAUGUAGACGAGCAAGAUUAUUUGCACGUGUUGAACCUAUGCAUAAAAGUAAAAUUGUAGAAUUUCUUCAAGAAGAUGGUGAAGUAUCUGCUAUGACUGGUGAUGGUGUAAAUGAUGCACCAGCAUUAAAGAAAGCAGAAAUUGGUAUUGCUAUGGGAAGUGGUACAGCUGUAGCUAAAUCAGCAGCUGAUAUGGUAUUAGCUGAUGAUAAUUUCAAUUCAAUUGUAUUAGCUGUUGAAGAAGGACGUGCUAUUUAUAAUAAUAUGAAACAAUUUAUUCGUUAUUUAAUUUCAUCAAAUAUUGGUGAAGUUGUCAGUAUCUUUUUGACUGCUGCAUUGGGUCUACCUGAAGCAUUAAUUCCAGUACAACUUCUUUGGGUCAAUUUAGUCACUGAUGGUUUACCAGCUACAGCUUUAGGAUUUAAUCCACCUGAUUUAGAUAUAAUGGAACGUCCACCAAGAAAUAUUAAAGAUCCUUUAAUUUCUGGUUGGUUAUUUUUCCGUUAUGUUGCAAUUGGUGUUUAUGUUGGAUGUGCAACAGUUGGUGCAGCUGCUUGGUGGUUUAGUCUUUAUCCUAAAGGACCACAAUUGAAUUAUUAUCAAUUGGUAAGUGUAAUAAGAAAUGACCACAAUUCUUCUUAUGUUUUUUUAAGGAAAUAUAAAAGCAGUCUCUACAUCUUUUUAAUUAGACACUUUGAGUUUACUUCAGGUUAUUUACUAUUAAACCUUAAAGUUAUUAAUUCCUGUAAAGUUAAAUGAAAGCUAUUCAUUCAGUUAAAACAGUAGUCAUCUAUCCUUUUAGUUUAAAUCUGAUAAAUGUAAAUGUCUUUGAAACUAUAAACACCUUUUGCUCACGAGUAAAAAGUUAACACUAAAAAUAAUCAGACGAGGGUCUUGUGGAGAUUUUAGUAAUCUCAUAUGGUUUAGAUCAUGAGUCAAUUGAAGCUAGACCACCAUGGAAAAUCUGGAAGGACUGGACGGCCGUAUCGUCCUAUUUUAGGACUCAUCAGCAGUGCGCAUCCAUGAUCCCGCCUCACGAGAUUCGAACACAGGACCUAUCAGUCUCGCGCGCGAGCUCUUGACCGAUAGACCACUGAGCCGGUUGGCAUCCAAUGGUGUUAAUGUCCAACUUCAACCAAUCUACGAAUUUAAGCAACCGUCCACCAUUGUCUUCAGUGAGUUGAUACCUCACAACAGACCUGGUUGUGCCGGAGGAUUUAGAAACACACCAGUUACCACUUUUCAUUUCUGGUCGUUAAUAUUCCCCUUUUUAUGCACAACAACAACAAGAAAUAAGACUAGAAUGAAUCAAAACACCAUGUGAAAGGAUAAUGUUCUGAUGCAUUGUAAAAAAUUUUUUGAAAUUAGUCCGAUAUGAAGAUACAUUUUGUAGGAAAUUAUUACUAGCUAGAUAAUCAGGAAACAUCUGGGAACUCUCAGCAAACACCUCAUUCUAGUUUGAAAUUCCUCAAUAAUGAACAUUUACAAACAUGACAGAGACUGUUUCCAGCACUUAAAGGUCUUACGUUAUUCACUAGACGUUAAUAUUAAGAAGUGAAAAAUCAGACAUGUUUCACUGGUGAUAUUGAUAGUCUUCAAACUAUUUCACAAGUCAACUAAAGCUAGAAAAGUAGACUAUGAAUUUCAACUUAAUAGUCUAAAAUCAACGCUCUCACCUUAUAGCCUAAAGGUUUUUAGGUGUACAUUACUGAAAAACUGUGCUCUUUUGAGGAUGAAACUUUAAACUAUUAGUAUCAAAAAGUAUUUUCACAAAAAUUUAUAUCAUUAAAUAUCAUCUUGUAAACUAAAUAUCAUAGAUAUAAUUAAAAUUUACAUUCACAUCAUUAUGAUCUGUAAAUUAGUGUAGUACAAUGCUUCACUAAUCUUUCACCUCUAUAACCAUUAUAAUACAAAUCUCAACGAUGUAUGAAAUCAGAAGGUAAAGAGAAGCUACAACUACAGUUUAUUAUCAAAUGAUGCAGACCAUAAAGCUAUAAGCACAUGAGUAAGUAUCAGGGAGCAAUCGCAAGCAAUUACAUAGGCAGAUUUAUAGUCAAAUUGUAUGAGGGCGCAGUAAGACAAAACAAAAGCUAAUAAUAGGAUUUCAGUGCAUACAUAUAUGGGGAGGCUAUCAGCAACACUCUAGUGCCAGAAAGGGCAAACCAGAUUUCAGUGGAGGAAGAAAUCCAGAAGAAGAGCUGAAAGUGGAUAGGAUACACACUGAGAAAAUCACCCAACUGCGUCACAAGGCAAGCCCUAACGUGGAAUCCUCAAGGCCAAAGGAAAAGAGGAAGAUCAAAGAACACAUUACGCCGAGACAUGGAGACAGACAUGAGAAGAAUGAACAACAAUUGGAUAGAACUAGCAAAGAAAGGCCCAGGACAGAAUGGGUUGUAGAAUGCUGGUCGGUGGCCUAUGUUCGAUUGGGAGUAACAGGCGUAAGUAAGUAAGUAAGUAAGUAUAUAAGGGGAGGAGAAUGAAUCAUCGAAUGAUAUCUAAACAAUCAACGUUUUAGCUCGAGUCUGUCAUGUGCUCUAGUGAUCAUAACAGUACAAACAUAUAUAUGCAAAUUGUUACUAUCCAAAUGACAAUAUCUGUUAAGUAAGUUAAUAAAAAAGGGUUUAAUUAAAAUUAACCAUAAUUGAAAUUGGUUGUAUGAUAGUUGCUAUAUUAGCAUCGACCUGUUACCAAGUCAUAGAAGAAGAAGAAAAAGAAAAAGAAGUAAUCACAAUUAUUCAAAUGAUUGACAUUUUAUUGAAGGUCAGGUUUGUAUUUUAUAUCCAUCUAUUUAUUUAUUUAUUUUAAUUAACCGAACAAAUGCAUAGAUUUCAUUACAUCACUUUUAUAAUGAUAAUCAAAUUCAUUCAAUGGUUUCAAUAAUUGACAUUUUCAUUUAAAUAAACAAUAUAAAUAUAAAUAUCUUCAAAGAAAUGGAAUGUAUUCAAUUAUUUUAUUAACCUAAAAGUACAUUUUAUAUCUUCAUUCAACACAUCAAUCCAAGAUAAAUGAUAAAACAAACUGAUUAAAAUUAUUAGAAGGGGGUUUUGUGAAGGUUUUUAGUAUUUUCAUAGUUGAAAUC